GUUCUACCUUCUCUCUCGUGCGCACGUUCAUUCCUGUUUUUAAUUUCACGUAAGGCAGUUUUAUUGUUUAUAAAAUAAGGGAAAAGGACAUUUGGUGAAGCGGGGAUUCGAUCGAGCGUACUUUUUCGUGGUGAAAAUUCGAUUCGAGUCGUCAAACCGGAGGGAAUCGGCCGAGUGAAAAGUUUCGGAGUGGAAAAAACGUGGAUGAGAAGAAUUGUGCACGAACCGUUUCAGUGCUCCGCAUCGGAAUUCGUUUUUAUUUUUUUCGACAUUUUUACUCGCUCGACAGUGAUAUCGCUACGGAAUAUUUAUAAUCCUCGGGUUCGAGGGUUCGAGCAGCGAACACGUGCUCCUCCGAAUUCUCAAACUCCUCGCAUUUCGGUACACCAGUGCCGGAUUUUUUUUCGCUUUCGUUUCGCUCGAGGAAAAGUACAAUGUGCACGUCGGCGAUACUCCAACUUUGAGUUUAAAUAUUCUGCGAAUUUUUAGUUUUGGACGAUUUCAGGCCUCUCUUCUUCGGGAUUUCCCCCCCAUCGGUUAUGACGAAUCAGUGGUGGAAAAUGCGUCGCGCGUUUCACUCCAAGAAACACACGAGUCGUGAAAAUUCGAGAGAAUCGUUAAAACGCCCACUCUCCGCGCGUUCCUACUUUUGUGGAAAAUGUGAUGUGUUUGUGAUCCACGAACUCCACCCCGAAAAAGGUUGAAGUGAUUCUCUGAACGGCACCAAUUGCGAACGAAUAUUUAUGAUAAAUAUUACCGUUUUUCGAGGCUCGACGAGAUAAUCCCGAUAGAAGAUUCGAGAUUUUGGAGCAACUCUAUUCCGCCUCGCAGGUUAUGAAACCUCCAUCAUGCGCUAUACCCGAGUGAUUAAAAUGCCCCCUCCCAAAACGAUGAAAAAACCUACCGAAGAAAAAAUGACGACUCCGCGUGGCCCGGGACCUUGAAUUGGAUUCCAAUGGAUGACAUUGUAAAAUGGCGAUUCAAGCGGAUCGAGUGAAUUUGCCAAAACGGAAGUCGGUCUAAGCGAGGUUUAGAGCUAGAUUUCUGCGUUGCAUCCGGUCGGAGCGUAAAGUAUUUUGUUUCUUUAUUUCCAUGAUACGUUGACCGAGCAGUGUAUUCCCUGGAAGCGAUAUAGUGAUAAGCGAGAAUUUUUCGUGGCGGGAAAAAGGCGACGAAUGGAAGAGAAGAAUAGAAAAAAAUAGAUGCGGAGGCAGGAAAAAGGAUGCUGUUUCGCGGCGUGGCUCCGGCUCAGUCGGAAUGAGGCGGGAGAAAAGGAACGCCGUCGCUUCGUCGUCGUCGUCGUCGUCGUCGUCGGGAGUACAGUCACGGUUGCUGCGAAGCGCGUUCGAGGGCCACACGUGGGUCGAUGACGCCACGACGCGACCGGAAGUGCCGCCGCGCUUCUCGCGACCCCCGUACCCGGCAGCCGUUUCACUCUCUCGCUCCCCCACCUUUCCUUCUCAACUCCCCCGACGGUACGACCCUACCCGACGCCCCGGGAUCAAUGAAUACUAUAAUACUACGAGAUGGCUUUACACGCGUAUACACGUGAAGGCGGGUUAUUGCACACAGAAGCGCGCACAGACAUGUGUGUCCGGUGAGGGAAUCCUGGUUGAACGGAGAGGCCUUAACCGAGCGACACUUUUAGUUUGAACGAUAAAAUCCAAACGUUCGACAUUUCGAUUACAAGUUAAGUGCAACGAUUAUUGAAUAACGAAACUUGAGCGGCGAGUGUGAGAUUGCGAAACGUCUCUUUUCAUUGGAGGAGGCUUCUUUAUUCUUUUUCUUUCGUUUUCGUCAUCGAACGCCAUAGGGGACCACCCGAAUCGUGAGGAAGAUUGCGUAAGAACGAGAACCGAGCGACUCGGGAGCGCGAGUGCAAGAGCGAGAGGAGGCGAUACAGUCCGAGAUGCUAAUACACGCGUCGCGAGGCCACGCACACACGCACAGAAACGUGUCUCACACGUACCCGCGACACACGCGAUCCUCCGGCGCACAAGCGUGUGAAUAAAUAUAUAUAUUUGUGGCCCGCGUGAAACGCCUGCGCGCGCGACGUCCCAACCAUCGCGCGGAGCCUCUCUAAACGAACGAACGUGAAACCAGGGGAAUUUAUUGCCCGCGCGAAUUUCAACGUAUGUGAUUUACAGUCCAAUCCUUUGAUCUCGGCAAAUAGGCGGGAGUCUCGAAGAAGCCUCGAUAUACACAUACGCGCAUACGCGAGUGACUCUCCUGCGCGUGUGCGUGUCUCGUGCGUACACGGGCUGUAACCCGCACACUCGGGAUUAUUGGACGGAAAGACAUCGCGCGUAUGCGGAGAGACGGAGAGCAAAGUCGAUGCUGAUUAGAGAUCGCGUCUCGUAUCGCACUUUUAAACUUUUAUCGCGAGCACGAGAAAGCCGAGAGCGGGCUGAAGCGUCAUAUUUUCGGCAGCAUCUAUCGCCAAAUUAACGGUUGGAAGAUUCGUUGGGAAAUCGGGUCAUUUUCGCAAAUAUUCAAGUGCCAGAAACGUCUCGACGGACACGUGGAAAUAUUGUAGUUUCUAAUGCGCGAAAAGGAAGCUCCAAUGAAUAUUCAGCGGUAAAAAAAACAUCGCGAAUUUCAUCAAUCGUGAAGGAAACAAGAAGAAACAUAAAAAGACUCGCGCGGUUAAAACGAACAAGACGAAGAAGGGAAAAAAGAACUGCUUUCAUAAUGUAUAAGGCUAACCGGUAAUUGGACCAUUUCUUAUACUAUUGAGGUAGUAAUGGCCCUUGUAGCGUGACCACGCUACACUACGGUGCGCGAUAGUACUAUAGAGACUUCCGGUCCGACGCAGGAAGUGAGACACACGUGUCCCGGGGAAGCCGUCCAUUUGUGUCUGCGAUGGUGUGCGAGUUCCCAUACCAUUCGAGCUCACGAGACUGUGUUCGACUUCAUUUUCUCGCUCACUCUCUUUCAGUCACCCCCGCCCCUCCUUCUCCUCUCCUCCUCGUUCUCUCCCUUUCGUUCAUUGCCCGGUGGGCUUCAAUUUUAAGCGGACUUGUUCCUCGCGUUGAACGGUGUUACUUCAUCGCCUCGUUCCCUUGCUUUUUUUUUUCUACCAAACGCUUUAUCAACGCGACGAGAGUUUUGCGAAUAGUGAAUAUCUGAUUAUUUGCAACGAACUGUUUUAUUCCGAUUGAAAAUUUUGCCCACGGAGAUGAGCUUCGCACGAAUGGAUACACAAUUCCGACGAACAACUCGUUGGAAGAAUACUCGUGGAGGUCUUUCGAGGUGCGGUGGAAACCGGCACGGAGUUGAACGUCGACGAGGUCAUGCAACCCGUUCUAAAACUCGUCAACGACACAGAUCCCACGGUGAGAAUCGACCUGAUUGAACAACUGCCACACGUGGCAAUGAUAUGCCAGGAAGCUCCUGAUCGACUCGGCGAUGUUUUACCUCGACACUUGAUCCAAAUCAUCAGCACUUUCCUUCUCGACGACGAACAACAAGUUAGACAGUCAACCCAUUCAGCAUUAUUGGCUCUGAUAGAUCGUGGACUGUUGGACAAAAAUUCGGCAGAAUUCGUAGUCGCCCCAACGCUUCUGAGGAUGACCCAGCAGCUCGACAGACUCGAGCUUUUCACCCUCGCAAUUGACGGUAUGAGCAAAGUUGCCAAGAUCCUAGACGAGGCGACCGCUGAAAGACUAUUCCUCAACAGAUAUCUGGCGCUCUGCGCGGAGAGAAAUUUUUUUAUAAGAAGAUUGUGCGGCUUCAGAUUUGGUGAAUUUAGCGCCAGUAUGAGCAAAGACGCAGUUUAUGAAAAAUUGCUUCCUAUGUACGUAACUCUAUGCAAAGAUCCUGUAUGGAGCGUGAGAAAGUCGUGCGCCGAUGUGAUAGUUUCAUUCGCAUGUUGCGUCUCGUUGCAUCACCGCCGCACAACCCUGUCCGAACAAUUGGCUAAUUUUCUCACCGACGAUUCAAAAUGGGUCAGAGUUUCAGCUUUUCAAAUACUUGGCCCGUUCAUAUCGACGUUUGCUAAACAAUUCACCGGCUUUUCAUACAAUGAGUACGGUGAACUCGUACUUACCGAUCAACAUGGUACCGAGCUCAGGUAUAACGUCAAAUCUUCAUCGGGGGGUUCAACGGAACCGGCAUUCUGCAAUGCUAUGAUAACCACCGAGAACGCACUUUAUGCAGAGUUUGGAAAUUUAAUGGCGAAAUCAUGUGCGGAGUCAGGAGGCGAAGGAGAUUACACUAAAAAGGCAAAUAUGAUGCAGGACGAUCGCGUUAACGCGAAGUGGAAGCAUGAAGGAGCUUCGAAGAGUAGUGUUGUAAACGAUGAAAAUCAAGAAAACGAUGCGACGAUAGUACAAGAUUACGAUGAAUUCAAUCCAUUCCGUUAUUAUUACAUACCACCGAAUUUACCACUGGAUACGGAGCUCGUACAAGCAGCAAUGGUCGAAUCAUCAACAGAAAAAUCGCAAAUUUCACCGACCAAAGAAGAGACGCAGUGCGAUGCAAAUGGAGAAAACAAGGAAUUUAAACAACACCGCGGCCGAAGACGUAGACUCACUGUUAUGGAUAAGCUAGUGCUGGAAAAGUCUUCCAGGUUUCUUAAAAACUGUAUCGAAUGUAAUGGUAACGAAACACGUACCGAGACGUUGUCCGAUGAUUCUAAUUUCUUGAACGAUACUGUCGACAUUGCGAACGUAUCACUCGAUAGCAGUGACUGUCAUUCAAGCCCUGGUGUCAAUAGUAAAAUCGAUCAUUCGGCCAACAAUGGACAAACCAUAGUGCCUCAAUAUCUCAUUGAAUUUUUCAUUUCAAUGGCCGAUCCAGGUGCGAAGAGCAUCGGUGUAGAAAUACCACGUUAUUGCGCUUUUAGUUUCCCAGCCGUCGUUCUUACGCUUGGACGGGAAAAUUGGCCGUUGUUAAAAGACGCCUACGAAGAAUUAGCCUAUGCUCGUGAAUUCAGGGUACGGAGAACGGUUGCUUCGAGUAUUCACGAAUUGGCGAUGAUUCUCGGUGAAGAGCUUGCCGGGCGCGAUUUGUUGCCAGUAUAUUACGGUUUUAUUAAAGAUCUCGACGAAGUUAGAGUGGGCGCUCUCAAACAUUUAACUACUUUUCUCAAAAUAUUACGACCGGCCGAUCGACAAAAAUUCCUACCAAAACUCAAGGCCUUUUUAACGAUGGACAGCGAAUGGAAUUGGCGCUUCCGCGAAAUAGUCGUCAGCAAAUUGCUCGAAGCUAUACCCCUCUUCAGUCCGAAUGAUGUCUCCGAGCAAAUCGUACCGCUAUCGCUUCCGUUGCUGGAUGACACAGUUGCGGCUGUCAGACACACCGCGUUGGCUCUGGCGACCGAGAUAAUAUCAUACCUAUCAACCGACGAGCACCUCGUAACAGCCCUCAUUCAAAACCUCAAGUACUUGCUCGCCUCGGAAGAGAGCAAAUGGACGUGUCGUCAAGCUUUCGCUUUACUGUGCUCCUCUCUUAUCAGAAACGAAGCGAUAAGCCCCGAGAUAUUUGGUAGAGACCUGUUGCCGUGCUUGCUCAGUUUAUCUUCGGACAUUGUUCCGAACGUCAGGUUGGCCGUUGUCACAGCACUUACUCGACACGUCGUCAACAUUUGUGACUACUUAGGGGCCGAUCAGGCGGAAAAGGUCAAUCAAAAGAUAAUACAAAUGCGAACGGAUCCUGAUCGGGACGUACGGAUAGUCGCUGGUGGAGUAGGUGGAAAAUAUUAUCCUCAGGGUGCCGAGUGGAAAGUGCCCGCAGUCAAGGCUAAAUUUUCCUGCUACGACGGAUCAACGUAGAAAAAUUUCACACACAGAGCACGGCCACAUAGGAAGAAAUAGGGAGAGAGACAGAGAUAAUCUACGAGCUGCAACGUUGGAUACUGGAAGCUUCUGUGAGAUAGCGGCGAACAUGAACAAACCAGAGAAAAACGAACAUAGAAAUACAAGCAAUGCGAAUGAAUGUCCGCGGUGCCUCUUGACACCGAAAAUUAUGUAAGAAAUGUAAGCUCAAGCUUUUUGUUGUUUUUUUUUCUUUUAAAUCUACUAACAUACUAGGCGAUUUGAGCCCAACGAAGCGAGACUACUGAACACAAUUUUAUACUGCCUAAAAAAGGAAUGAUGUUCGUCGGAAUUGGGGAAUGAUUUUUGAUUAAUGGGAAAAAGUGAUCGCGAAUCAUUGUCUAUUAAUCAUAAUGAUUUUACGCUUGUACGAGGCGCAUCUAGUAUACGUGACAACGAAUUUUUCCUUCCUCUCGGAGAAUUUCCUAUUUUUACGUGUUCAAAAGAGUAAAAACAAAGGAACUGCGGAAUUUGCACGUACUGGAUCAGUCUCAUAGAUUAUGUCGCAUUAACGAGAAGUACAGAAAUAAUAGAUCCAUACUGCCCUAUUACCGCCCCGAAUAAGCCACACGAUUUCUUUUUGUAUUCCACAAUUGUCGUUUUUCCCAAUAAUCGUAAAGUACUAAAAUGAAAUUCUGAACAGUUCGAAAAAAAAACCGAGAAUUAUUAUUUUGUAUCGAGUACUACGGUAAAUUAUCGGCACAAAUGAAUGAUUGCAUGAAUUUGAUUAAGUGUUUCCCGGAAGAGUAACUUUCGUUUUCCCCCUCUUGUAUUGGAUCUCAAUGACGUUAAUCGAAGCUCAAUUUUGUAAAUCAAACGGUAUUAUUACUCCCACGCGUUCGCGAUCAACGUUAUUGCAUAUUUUUGUUGUUCAUUUUAAUACGGUUUUAAAAAAAUGUAUUUCAUCUUUUCGUUAAAAAGCUUAGCCAACAAACACAGUCGUGAUCGUUGAAAACGCGCGUGUCGUUCUUGGACAGCGUCUACAGUUUUACUACGCCAAUUUUUGUAAACGAUUUAAAGUUUAAGUAGUUUUUAAGUAGCCGAGGAUUGAAUGAUAUGUAAAUGCGGCAAUCGAUCAUCGAUCGCGUUCCGAAAUAAGGACUAUCACAGAGCAUAACACAGUGAAACGAUGAAACCCUCCGCCUACCUUGUAUAUUGAAUACCUAUUAUUUACACGCUAACGAUAUUAACGAUAAAACUACUACUAAACAAUACUGUACAAUACGAGACUAAGAUUAAACGAAAAAACAGCAAAAAAACACAUAAGAAAAUCGAAAAAACAACAACACAUUUGUGGGGAGAGAUAAAGUUCAUGAAAUAAAAGUUCGAAAGUGACGCAAUUUUCUUUACGUUAUCUCUUCCACGUAAAAAGGGUCCGAGGCAACCAAUUUUUCACGAUCCCUCUCUUUGGAACCAUACCUGCUAUAUUUUCAACUAAUUUGUGAUACGUGAUCUCUCGUGUGAGAGUAAUCACGUGUGUAACCUUGUUACGAGCAAAAAAAAUGUGAUGAUCGGCCAAGGCUCUACAUUUAUUCUGUAAUUUUUGUUUUUUUUUUUUUUAAAUAAUUAUUCAACCUGCACUCGUUAAUUGUGAAUAUUCGUGAGAACCAAGCGAAUGUAUUGUUUCAUGAUACUAUUAUGUAUAAAAAAACAUUAUGUAUUUGGUAGAGGAGACGAAGAAUGAGAGAAAUAAACUUGAAGUCAUUUGUUACGUGA